UUGACGGUGUAUUCCAUGGGCCAUGACCGCCGCGAGUCCUGACACCCGCGCCAUACCCUCCUCAUGGACGAACGCUGACGGCGGCAAGGAGGCGCUCGAGGCGCUCGAGACGUACAAGAAGAAGGAUCCGAGCAAAGUGGUAGUCCGCUUUCGCGCAAUUGGCAACGCUCCGAUUAUGCGCCAGAAUUUCUACAAGAUAACGGCUUCGAACCGCUUCCAAGCCGUCAUCCAGUUCUUGCGGAAAGAGCUGGGGUGGAAAGCCGGGGAUCCUCUCUAUACGUACAUCAACAUGGCGUUCUCGCCAGCACCGGACGACACAGUGUCGAACCUCUUCAAGUCCUUCCAGACAGACGGGCAUCUAAUAGUCAACUACAGUACCACAGCUGCGUGGGGGUAACUAUGGAGUCUCCGAUCUCGCCUCGCUUCUUGUUCUGCAAUCCCGUUCCGUAUCUUAGUCUAUAUAUUUGCUGUUUCCUGGGUCUUCGUCAUCCGCACCUCGUCGCUCCCUGCUCCC